AUGACGGAGUGGCUCAGCACUCGCACCAAGGGGGGCAAGCGCAAGCGUUCUGUCGAGCGAGUCGAGGAUGUGACGAAUGAGGCCACCGAGUCCUUCUCACAGGAUGUGCUCGAAAUGAAGCCUCUGAAGAGAGCACGAGUGACGCAGGCGAGCAUCGUCAAAUCGGAUGAUUUGCCAGCGCCGAAGAGGAAGGUAAAGGCCGAAGAAGAGGAGGCCAGUGCACUUCGCCCGGAUGAAUGCGACGAGCUGCUGUACUUCAUCGAGCACAACUACCUGAGCAGCCUAUCGGCCCUCAUGUACUCCCUAAAGGAUCUGCUCUUCGUCGCCGAACCUGAAGGCCCGAAGCGCAGACGGCGAGCGGUGGCAGUAGAUGACGAUCUGUCCGAUCGCUUCCUGGCUGAAUUUAAUCGCCUUCGGGAGAUGAAAGAUGGGAUUGUGAGGAAGGUCACCCGCAACAGCGCACCCGGAACGCCGGUAUCGGGGAGGAAGCGUCCGACUUCGGCUUACCACCUCUUCAUCAAGGAGCACUACGCGAGCGUGCGCGAUGAGAACCCCGACCUGCCCUUCGGCGAGCUCAUCAGCCUCGCUGCCACCAAGUGGAGGGAGAUGAGCGACGAAGACAAGGCGCCCUACGUCCAGAAGGCCGCCGAGGAGGCGAAGAACGGGGCUGCGUCGGAGACUGAGGAGCCCGCCCGCACCAAGCGGGUGUCGGCGUGGGCGGUCUACUUCGGCGAGCAGAUGGCCGAGCGGUCCAAGUCCGCCGGCGGACUCACGCGGCAGGAGCUCGCCAAGUCAAUCGGCGAGGACUGGAAGAACCUGAGCGAGGCCGACCGCAAGAAGUAUGCCGCGCUGGCCGAGGAGCGGGCGAGCCAGCCAUCGACGCCGCGACCGACCAGAAGGGCCGCGCCGGGCUGGACCGUGUUCAGGAACGAGCAGACCAAGAUCUUCCGGGAGGAGAAGCCAGACAUGGCCGCCGCGGACCGAUUGAAGGAGCUCCACGCCCAGUGGGACGCGCUCUCCGACGAACAGCGGGCCGAAUACCGCGCGAUGGCCGAAACGGCUGCGGCUGAGGCGAAAACCAAGACUACUUCCGGCGGCGGCGCCUCGCGCCGGGCGUCUACCCAUCUCGCUAGCGGGGUCAUCGGCAAAGAGGAGGGCGCGGUCGUGGUCCGCUCCAAGCGUCUCAGCGCCGACGCCUUCCUCAACCUCACGAGACUCCCCACCGUGGUAUUGGUCGACAUCACGCUCAAAAGCACGUCGCCGUACCGUAAGUUCGCCUACGCCUACCCUGUGGGCGGCAUCCCUCUCCCGCUUGGCCGCAAGGAAGCGUUUGGCAUGAGCGUCGAGGGCAUCGUCGAGGGCCUGAAGGUGUUCGAAAAGGCCGGCGUCGACCGCAGCACGCUCGCCAAUCAAGCCAUGAAGAGCCUGCACCGAACGGAGAAGAAGAACGGCAAGCUGCUCGGAUGGAGCCAGGGCCUGAAGGGCCACUCGGACGGCGACCCGCUGCUCGACGACGAGGCCGCUCGCUGGCAAAUCCUGUUCCCCGCCUAUAAAUAUGUUCUCGAGGAGUGCCUGGCCAAGGAGGUCGACGAGCUGCGGGCCAUGACCGAGAAGGGCAGCCAGCUGGUGCUGUUGGACAUGGAGAACAGCGUCGACGUGUACGACUACUCGCGGCCGGUCGCAGCCGCCGAACUGCUGAGGCGAUACCUGCUCGACCAGUGGCCCUCCAGGGACGAGGAGCGCAAGCUCAAGGAGGCCAAGAAGGCCCAGCCCGAGGCGAAGUCGCCGGCCAAGAAGGCGGGGGAGAAGCGCAAGCGGAAGGGCAAGGAGGUGACAAAGGAGGUGGAUGCGAUGGAGGUGGCGCACAAGGAGAACGACCGCGAGGAGGAGGAGGAGCAGAAGGUGCACUGGGACAGCCAACUCAGUAUCGGCGAGGAGGAAGGCAGCAGCAGCCAGCAGGAGGAGUCCGAGGAGGAAGAAGACCAGAGCGAAGAAGACGAAGACGAAGACGAGGAAGAUCAGAGUGAAGAGGAGGAGGAGGAGGAGGAGGAGGAGGAAGAUGAUGAAGAGGAAGACAGCGACUGA